GUGGCAGUGGAGACGUUCCGGUCCCCUUAGGUCUGCACCCGGGACUCCGGUCAGAGCGCGGGAUCCGGGACGUUCCCGCGCCAGGGGUGGGGCGGGGAGCCGGGGAGCGCGGAAAAGAAAAUUGACCGUGGUGGUAACAGACGAGGACCCGGAGCAGAGAGCCGCUGGUAGAGUUGCAGUGACCUGUCCACACCGCUGGCAGCGAACCUGAGGCCAGGCUCCACCGUCUCCCUGCGUCCACACCCUUUCCCUGCCCCCCGCCGGUGGGUCCUUUCUGGCAAGGAGCUCACAGUCGAGCCACAGAGACAGGAGGAGCCUAAGGAGAAGAAGGACAAUCUCUGUCACCUCGGGACUCCGGGACGAUGCAGACUCCGCUAACCAGUCCUGUGCCUGUGCUCCGGCUCCCCCGGGGCCCUGAUGGCUUGAGCCGAGGCUUUGCCCCCGAUGGACGCAGGGCCCCCCUGAAGCCAGAGGUUCUUGAAACCCUGCAGUCUCCCAUAGUUUACGAAUGUCGGGAAUUCCAGGAGCAGCGGGCCCGAGCUGCCCUGCGGGAGCGCUACCUCCGUAGCCUGCUGGCCAUGGUGGGUCGCCAGGUCAGCUUCACCUUGCACGAGGGUGUGCACGUGACUGCCCACUUUGGAGCCACUGACCUGGACGUGGCCAACUUCUACGUGUCACAGCUGCAGACUCCGAUAGGUGUGCAGGCUGAGGCACUGCUCCGGUGUAGUGAUAUUAUUGCAUACACCUUCAAGCUCUAAAGACACUAUCGUGGUCACCUUCUGCAUUAGGCCUGGCCACAGAUUCCCAGGCCUCCAACUGUUCAGAUCUCUGGGCCUCCUAAAGUUUGGAACUCCCUUAGAAUUUCGAGCCAAGCUCCAAGCAACCCUGGCUUUUUGGGACCUCCGGGGUCUGGUCAGUAAAAUUCUGCAACCCUAGGAGUUCUGGAUCCCGUUGAAAAGACUGCUCUACCUCACAGAAUUCUGGACUGUAAGAAAUGUGGACUUCAUGUCAGUUUCUAAAGACUGGGGGGGCGGUGUAUGGAGAGGGAGGUGGCAGUCAGUUGGAAUAAAGGCAAAUUGCAGAGUGGGAAA